AACCCAACUCGAGCUGGGGUUUUAGUGCUGCACUCUUUAUUUCAAAAGAAACGCAACGAAGCGAUUUUUAACAAAAAAAAUACCAUGGGCGAGAAACGUAGAGCGUCUAGCACCAGUCUGGAUCGAGGGGGAAGGCAGAUGGAGAGAUGUUUUUGCUGGAGGUAGACUGGAGAAAGUUGGAGGGGAGGAAAUUUUUCGAGGAUGCUGGGGAGGGAAGUUCGAGAAGGUUGGAUGGAAAGCUUGCGCGAGAAAGCAUCAAGGAAGAAUCGAGAAGGCGGAGGGGAAGGUUACGAAGAAGAAUCGAGAACAACGGAGGAAACAUCGAGAAGGGCGGAGGAACAGUCGAGAAGGAUGGGGUGGGAAGUGGGAGGAAGAAUCGAGAAGGACAGUGGAGCAAUCGACAAGGAUGCGGGGGGUGGAAUUUUAAAAUGGAUCAACAGGGAGGGAGAGGAAAUUCGAUAAGAAAUGUUCCGCCUGGUGGGAUGGAGGUACUGGGCUGGAGGGGAAGAAGCUUCGAGAAACGGCUGAGCUCAACAGAUGGUCCCCUUUCUGCCCUCACCUGUGGUUUCCUACCCUAACUGCUGAUGGUCACCCAGUCUCCUGUGAAUAUUUUACUACUAGCAACCUGUGAGGUGACAACCUUCUGGAAUGCCUGCUCCAGAAAACUUCCUCCCUGUCAAAUGUUGCUGUGUGCCCAGUUUCCCCUCAAGGUCUGGAUUGUGGUUAGCCACCUUGGACUUGUGCUAUUUUCUAUUGCAAGAUAAAAUAUUACUUUAUUUCUGAUGAAAAACAGACUAGAAAAAUAAACAAUGUGUAUUCAAAAACCAGCCAAUUGCAAUUUUCUUUACAUAUAAUCUCAUGGUUAAAGCAAAUAUUGGGUGCUCCAGCCAAUUAAGAUGGUAUGUGAGCUGUAUCCUCCUGUUGUAUCUUCCGGAUUUCUGUUGCCAGGAGCAGUUCGAACUUGGAAUAAGUGUGACGAAUGCUUCAUUUCACAUGGGAGACGGCAGGUCCAAGUCACGGUAUGAAGAAAGGACCCUGUGGGAUUAAUUUUUCAUAUUUCUCAUUUUGGAUGUGUGGUCCAAGCAGUGACAGAUGACUUAAGAUUUUGGAGCUUUUAAUUUAAGCGUGGCGGAAUGCUAAUUGAAGCACGGUUGUGUGCCUGACUGAAUGAAACUGACUGCAUUCUUUGCAAAAAAAAGUUGUGAUCCUGAGAUUGACCCAUUUUCCGUAGCUGAACUGCAGUGCUCACUUUUCAAAACUGCUGGUAACUAAGAUGGAGUGUAACUCUAUUCCUCACUAGACCUGUCAGCAACAGCUAAGAAAUUCAACACCAACAAAUUAAGCACUGGCAGUCUUGUGGAGUGCUGCUAAAAGAGCAUGAGAAAUAGUCAGAAGUGAAGUUAACAAGAUAAAUAGUAGUUGACAUCCCAGUACCUGUACGACUGGAAUCCCAUAAUUUCGAUCAGGGCAGCAAACUAAAGGACAAAGUAUUACCAUUUUGUAUUGUAUGUUCUUUUUCUCCCCCUCUUAUUUGCUUUACUGCUGUCAAGUAACAGGGUUGGCCAUUGCCUGAAAAUCCUUCUGUAAACUGAAUUAAACCUGUACUGUAAUAAAAUGUUUGGGUUAAUGGAAACAGCUGACUUGGCUGUUGUAGGAUUUUAUUUUGUUCUUGUAUUGUGCAUUGGCUUUUUUGUGAUGUGGAAGACCAACAGAAGUACUGUGAGUGGGUACUUUCUUGCAGGACGCUCCAUGACCUGGAUAGCAAUAGGCGCUUCAUUGUUUGUAAGCAAUAUUGGCAGUGAGCAUUUUAUUGGGUUAGCAGGAUCCGGGGCAGCCAGUGGGUUUGCAGUGGGAGCUUGGGAGUUGAAUGCAAUGUUGAUUUUACAAGUAUUAGGUUGGAUUUUCAUUCCUGUCUAUAUCAGGUCUGGUGUAUAUACCAUGCCAGAAUACCUUUCAAAACGUUAUGGUGGUAACAGAAUAAAAAUCUAUUUUGCAUUGUUGUCAUUGCUGUUAUACGUUUUCACAAAACUUUCCAUUGAUCUGUAUGCUGGUGCACUGUUUAUCCGGGCGUCACUUGGCUGGGACCUGUAUCUUUCUAUCGUUGUUCUGAUUGCAUUGACUGCAGUGUUAACUGUUACAGGAGGACUUGUGGCUGUCAUCUACACAGAUGUCCUGCAGGCCAUUCUUAUGAUUGGUGGAGCUUUAACAUUGAUGAUCGUAGGAAUGGUUAAGGUGGGAGGUUUUGAGGAGCUCAAACGGCGAUAUAUGUUGGCCUCACCAAAUGUUACAGCAGUUAUUGCUACUUUCAAUCUAACCUCUGUCAAUGCUUGCCGCAUUCACCCUAAAGAAGAUUCUUUAAAAAUAUUACGUGAACCAACUGAUGAAGAUAUUCCUUGGCCUGGUUUCCUAUUGGGUCAAACACCAGCUUCUGUUUGGUAUUGGUGUGCUGAUCAAGUCAUUGUGCAGCGUGUCUUGGCAGCAAAGAACAUCGCUCAUGCCAAAGGAGCUACCCUAAUGGCUGGUUUUUUGAAACUCUUGCCCAUGUUUAUCAUAGUCAUACCUGGCAUGAUUUCCAGAGUUCUCUUUACUGAUGAGAUUGCUUGCAUUAAUCCAGAACAUUGUAUGCAAGUAUGUGGUAGCAGAGCAGGUUGCUCAAACAUUGCCUAUCCACGACUAGCAUUGGGAAUCUUGCCAGUAGGUCUUCGUGGCCUAAUGAUGGCAGUCAUGAUAGCGGCUUUAAUGAGUGAUUUGGAUUCUAUAUUCAAUAGUGCCAGCACCAUAUUUACUCUUGAUGUUUACAAACAUCUUCGAAAGGCUGCCAGUUCUCGUGAACUGAUGGUAGUAGGUCGUCUGUUUGUUGUCUUCAUGGUAGCUGUAAGCAUUGCCUGGGUUCCUAUAAUUGUAGAGAUGCAGGGAGGACAAAUGUACCUCUAUAUUCAAGAGGUAGCAGAUUAUCUCACCCCACCAGUAGCAGCCCUGUUUCUUCUUGGUAUUUUCUGGAAGCGCUGCAAUGAGCAAGGGGCUUUUUGUGGAGGGUUGGUUGGAUCUGUUCUGGGAAUUACACGCUUGAUUUUGGCAUUCAUAUAUCAUAUGCCAGAAUGUGAUCAGUUUGACACCAGACCAAAUUUUAUCAGAAACAUUCACUACAUGUAUGUAGCAGCAGUUUUAUUUUGGGCCACUAUUAUUACAGCUGUAAUAGUGAGUCUGCUGACCCCUCCUCCUUCCAAAGACCUGAUUUGCAGCACCACAUUCUGGGCAUUAAAAGACACAGAAAUCAUUAAAAGUGGUCAGAAAGAAGAAUCUGAUAAAUUAACAGAAAGAAGUCUGGCAAAAUGUAGUGACCGUGUUAGAUGUGCAGACAGUUCUGAUUGUAAGCAGAAAGAUGAUGAUUCGUCUCCACUGACUGCUCAAAUAGAAUUAGUUCUAUUGAUGCCUGGAAGUGGUGAGCCCAAAUCUAUGAGCCCUUUGUGUGUUACUGAAGAUCAGAUGCAAAAUGACUGCUAUGUAAAUGGCCAAACAACUACUGAGGACCAAAUGAACAAAGAGGAACAUGACUUGCAAAGGAAAAACAUUUGGUGGAGAUAUUUUGAUCAAUGUUGUGGAAUCAAAAGUUACAGUGUGAAAAAAUCAGCAAAAGAUUCUGUAGAAAGUGAAGCUAUUUGCUUACAAAUGUUGCAGGAGAGCCCAAAAAUUAAAUUUGUACUGAAUUUUGGACUUCUUGUUGUAUGGUCUGUUGGCAUAUUCAUGUUUAUCUAUUUUUCUCUGUAAAAUAAAUAGUUAAUGUGAUUUUGUUCCAUUUUUCCCAUGUCCUUUGGUAGUGAUUUUUUUUUGGUCAAGUUUGGAAAAAGUUAAAAUAGUCCUAAAGGUCAGGUUUUAGAGUCAGUCACUGGUUAAUGAGUUUUUACAUUUUGUUUUAAGUUAAUCUUUCAGCUGUAAAUGAUUUUAGGUAGUAUGAGACAAGUGUUUGGAAUCCCCUGUUUGACAAGGUAUCUUCUCAUUUUCUGAAUGAUGGCAUAUGCAGCUUAACGUGAUUAGCUGGAUGAAGUCAGAAGUGUAUGGAUCUGAAUUAGUUUCAGAUGUGGCUGUAGCAACAUUAAUUCCCAAAAUCAGUAUGUGAUCCCACAUAUCUUGUAUAUUAAUUCUUGCUAAUUAAAGUCAGCCAUUUACUUCAUAACUUAAGUUAUUGUCUUGUAUAUAAUUUAACAGCUAUUGCUGCAGUUGGACUGAAGAUGCAACCAACUCAUGGUUGUAAGAGAAUAAUGUGUGUAACUUGCUGUAUCAAUCUCAGAUGCUUGUUUCUUUGGGAGGAUGAUAGCAGUACAGGAUAAGGAUCAUUAACUAGUUGCUCUGUAACUUGUACUUUUGAUUUAAUUUUAUUGCAUAGCAAAAGAAAUUCCAGAGCUUCACACAAUUGGAUUUGUAAAGCACAUGUGUAUUCCAUCACCAGCAUUUGGCACACACUUCCUGAAAAAAGUUGUGUGCAGUUAUAAAUGAAAAUUGAACUGUGAAAAUCUAGCCAUCUGAUUGUGGCAGACAAAAGGUUGUCCUGCCAAUUCUCAAAUCUCCUGUCCUAUUAUGGCCAUGUCUCUAACCUUUCUCUUUCUUCACACAUGAGUUUUCAGCUAUGUACACUGCUUCUGAUGCACCCUACUUCAGUCUUGUUACUGCUGCCUCUAGCACUUGAUAAGAUCUUGGAUAAUGUUUUCUGUGACUUCAAUCAUGGUGUUUUAUUCUUUGUCAUCUCGAAGCAAUCUCUACAAUUGCACCUGGUUGGUAACUCCAUCUUCCAGUGCUGCCUUUGUUUCCAUUUAAGCCAAUCUAUGCAGCAAGUGCAUCUUCAAAGUGACUUGUCAUGCAUUUCAAAAUUCUUAAUCAUGGACGAUCCCACCCCAAGGAUGACUAUUCUCCUCUCCUGAAUGAAUGAAUGCACAGUUUCGUCACCCCAUCAGCUACAAGGACAGACUUCCUUUCUUCUGUUUAAUGAUAACUGUCAACUUCCCCAUUACCAAUUCUGUUGAUCCCUUGAAUGCUGUCAAAUUGUUUUCAUAAACCCUGUAAGCACCAUAGCUUUACCUCAAAAAGUUGGGGGAAGUGUUGAAGGUUAGUGUCUUGGAUAUAUACCCAAAACCAUUGUUCCCUUGCUACUGAUUCCAUGUAUCAUCUGGACAUUUGUAACCUUGGGGUAAUGUUUAAUCCUGCGUAGAGCUUUAAACUCCCCAUCCUGUACACUUAUUGAUGACACUUGCUUCCUUGUAUAUAACAUUCCACAUCUUUCACUCCUAUGGUUGGUAAAACCUUUACAGUAGACUUUAAUUUUUAACUACUCCAAUGCUCUUUAGUCUGCUGUGCUUAAUUUAUAACUAAGUUACUUUAAAACCUGGCAAUUCAUGUCAGUUCUUUGCUAAAUCUCAAAUAUUCCACUCUCCCAACACCCACCCACACAGUCCCUGCCACCUCCCACUGAAUCCAAUAGCCAUUGUAGGUUCUUGGCCCACCUUGCAAUUUCUUGGAACUUUGUAACUCCUGCUAAAAAUUCUAAACUCCCUUAUAUUAAAAGGCAAACUAAAUACAGCCCACUUUCUGCAUUUGUAGUUUAUUUCAACAUGAACCACACAAUUCAAACAAACUGAUCUCUUUGUGUUGAAGGACUCUUAUUUCUUAUUGCUUUCUUUAAAUUUUGCUGUUCAUACCACAAGUUUCAGAUUUUAUAGUUUAAACAGACUUAAAAUUUAGUUUAAUUGCCGGGGUGUAUGGCACUUAAGAAACUAUAUUUUGUUUUGAAUUAUUUAGCAUCAUGACUUUUUUGCCAACUCAAUUUGUCUGCUGUAAAUUCCUGCUCACUUCUACAGCUGGAAAAACAAUACUGUUCAGACACCAGUUAAGGCUAAGCCCAAUAGACUAUAUUUGCACAACCGUAGUUUAUGGAAGCAAACCCAUUUAUUAGAAGAAACAGCAGCUUUGUAAAACUGUCCUGAAUGUGGCUAAAUAUCCAAUCUUGUAGGUUUUGGCAGUUGUGCUCUGGACGUUCUGUUUUUCAUAUACAGAGUCUUGUUUGACCGUAAUGUGAAAUCAAAUGUAAUCCUAACCUUAAUGAUUAGUACAUGCUCAGUAGUUCUGCUGUUUGAAUUUCUGUUGAUUUUAAUGGGAACGUUUUUCCUUCUCUAACUAGAAUUUGUUUUCUGGGAACAGAAAUUUUAAUUGAAUGAACCCUUGUAAUUUCUAUGAUGCAAUUAGUCACUAAGUUCAUCUCUUGUGAUUUAGUUGUAGUCUAACUGUUAUGACUCAAUUUGGCAAGUAUCCAAUACUAUGACACUUUGUGCUAAAGAGUUGGGGAAAAAAAAUGCUUUGAAAUGUAUUUCUCGUAUUUGGAGGAGGGAGAAUUUAAAAAACCUAAGUUUAAACGAAAGCUUGGAACCAGCAAAUAUAUUAGAACCAUUCUUUGAAAUUAUUGUUCAGACUUAGGGUGUCUGGGAACUCAAUGCCAAUUGAGCAUGGUACGAUCAAGGUGGAUAUAUGUAUGGAACUGCUGUGAAAUAGUUGAAUUUGGUAUAUAUGAAGUGCAAGAUGAAGAGGAGUCAGAAUGCACUUGAUAUGGACGGGAUAUUUUUAGGCACCAAAUAUUAUUUAGUUUCAUAGUUAUGGAGCAGAAACCUAGAACAUUCCUUUUUUUUUGCAUUUUGAAGACUUGGUAUUCUCCUAAAACCAAACAGGUAUGGUCUUGAAGCUGCCAAUACUGUUGUGGUUGAGUUGCAUAUAUGCUUUUUCAUUUAAAAAAAAAUGAUUUUUAGGAAGAAAACAACUGUUUGGAACAACUCUAGUUUACGUAGAGGGUGAGAUUAUAGUUAAUUCUAUGCAGAUUGUAUGUUCAGUGUUUAAUGUAAAUGCCAGUGCUAGACCAUUAGACUCUACACCUUGUCAGUUUGGAGAAUCAAGUACAUUGUCUGUGUGGGUCACUGUGAAUGAAUUGUAUUGAGUGCUGAAAAUGGCGCGAAAGAGAAACCAGUGUUUGCUUUGUUUUGAGUUUUUGAUUUUGUAUUUGUGGGGUUGUCAUUUCAACUUGGGAGUCUUAAAGAAUUUGUGGCUUGAACGCUAAUAUAGCUUGUAAGAAAUACAACAAUGGAAAUGAGCUGUGACUUCUGAGGAAAUGACCAGUAACACAUUAGGGAAGUCGGUUGGGCUUGUAUGAACUUUGGAGUAGAGAGAUUGAAGCUGAGUGAGAGGAUUAAAGAUUUGACCGUUCUUUCUUCUGGAUGAUUUCGUAAUAAAUCACCCCCCCAAAACCAGUUCCAACUGAAGGAACAUCAAUAGCUGGGAUCCUCCUGUGUUUACCUCCCAUCUUAUAACGAGAUUCUAUGGUUGCAUUAAACUGAGGAGGAAGGUGAUGUCUAAUAAUCCAAAAUUAUUGCCACAACUGUAUCUAAUCAAGGUAGCAAAGGUGGUGGGCUUCAAGAAUAUAAUAUUGUCAAGUUUUGCUAAAAUCUAUUUUAACUACUGCUAACGGGCACAUCUUGCCCUCCUUUUUAUUGAGGGUGUACAGAACACUCAUUAAUAACAGCUGUCUCUGUUUUCUUGGUGGAAGAGGGACACUGCAGAUUGGCCAGUACCAUAAUAUAUCCCUUAACUCAAUACUGUUAAUUUAUUAAAAUGUAAAUAGAUGAAAAUGCUUCAUCACAAAUAAUUUUUCUGGCAGGGAACCUGUUAGUGAGUUAUUCAAAUAUCACGAGUUGCAUCACAAGUACAUGCUUUACUUCCCAUUCUGGUUUUUUCUAAGUCUUCAAAAAGAGAAGAGAUUUAACUAACUUUUGUAACCAAAGUCCAAGUUUUUGUAUACUGCUGGUUUGUGAUUUUGCUGAAAGAUAACUAUAGCAAACAUUUCCAUUCCAUGAGAGGGUAAUAGUGUGGUGAUUGUAUGUAAUGAGUAAAAGAGAAAGUUGUUUAUACAACCUAGACAUAAAUAAUAAAGACAGUACACUGCAGGGUAUGUUAUUUCAAGUGAUAAGUAUUUGCUUUAAUAUACUGACUUUUUGGUGUGGUUAAUCUUGCUGAUCUGUUAAAGGUAAUCUUCCUGCACUUGUAGAGGAUUGUAACUCACUUGGAUUCUUCCCUGUCUCUCCAUGGAAUUCUGUCUCUCAAACCAUGUCUAUUCUUUGUCUAACCUCAACUGCACUUCCAAUUCCGAGUCUACACCAUUUAUACUCUUAUUUAUUCAGUUCAUCGUUAUUUUCAAAAAAAUUCUGUAUUGCAUUCAAAACUGACUUUUGUUCUGUGUGCCCCUUUAAGCUGCUGCACAUCUUUUGAGGACCCCCAUACAAGCAGCCCCUCUGUUAAAGGCCAACCAACAACUCGAACUCUGCUAAUUUAUGCGAGGAACUAUAGUGAGGAGGAGAUUGAACACAUUGGUCUCAGGUAAGACAGGGCAAUUCUAUUUUUAUGAAACCGAACCUUUGAGCAUGGGGACAAGUUUUCCCAUAAAUUUUGGCUUUUUCUUAACAACAAAAUAUGAUUUAGGAAAUUAAAAUGACUUCUAAAUGUACCUGCACCAAUGGCCUCCUCCUGUCAGCAGCUGCAUGCUGCCAGCUCAAGAUUAUGUUGGAACAUCUGUGUUGAGAUGUGGGUUGGGAGAGAAGAAAUAAAUACAAGUUGUUUACCACAUGAAUUAGUAAUCCAUCUGGAUCCAAAUGGAAGUGACUUGUAGCUGAGUGGUUAUGAAUGUAGUUUGAAUCUAAAUUGACUAAAUACAAUUGUUCCUGUGUUCAGAGAUACUUGUUUUAUUUUGGGGUUGGGAGGGGGUGGGGAGAGGAGAGAGAAAAUCUUCUUGAUUUUAUGUUCCCCCAAUAUUGCUAGUCGAACCUAGGCAACCAGAUCUUUCAAGUGAAAAUUUGUGCAGUAUAGAAUGUAGGAGGUUUUUCUCUAAAUUGGGGGGCUGUUUAGAUUUAAACUGCUUUUUUGCUUUUGUCAAACUCUUCAUUGAUUCUAUUUGAUUUUAUAAUCUUAUAAGCUUGCUUUAAAAUAUUUUGAAAGUGCAUCAAAGUAAAAACGUGUUUAGUAAUUUACAUCUUGCUUGGAUCUAUAUGAGUGGUAGCUUGUGGAAGAUGCUAGGCCAGAAAGAAAAUGGGGUACUCCAUACUUAGAGUAUAUUCCGUACAUUAUUAAAUUUUAUUGUUCAGCCUCCAUUGUCUCCUGUUGACAAAUGAGCAAACUCCCUUAGACUGUCAUUCUUAGUAUCGCUGCCAGAUAAUACUGAAAGCUCAGUUGGUUCCGCAGGGGUUGAUCUUGUAACUAAUCUUAUCACUCACUACUUCAUAAAAUCUUUGGAAGCAACAAGAAUGACAUGCUUUUAAUUAUAUUAAUAUUUGAAUUGUUGCAUUAUUCAUUAAUGGCAUCAAAACUUUUAUGGAGUGAUCUAACAAUAAAUGAGGGGCUAAUUUUAUCCACUUUUGCCUGUUAUGUAGUCUUGAAAGGAAUUGGAUAUUAAGUUUUUUUUUGUUUGCAUAAAUUGAUCUGGCACAUAAAUUCAGAUCUUCAAGAAUUUAUGUGGGUUGUGCAAAAGACUUAGUUAGGGGGACUUGCAAUUACAACAUCCAAUUAUAUGGUAAAAAAAUCAUUCAGUGAGUUCUAGAAGAUAAGAGGAAAAUAAGUAAUCAGAGGUCUUUGUCAAUCUAACUGUACAGAAAUGUGUUCUAAAAGGCAGUGCACAUCAGCCCACCCUUCCAUCAGCUUUAAUUUUGAGUUAUUUAAUGUUUUAAAACCUCUUCUUUUAAUUUUACUCCAGUCAAUAGCUAAUAACAAGCUAUGUAACAAAUUUAGUGUUACCAUUAAGGUUAUAAGGGUUUUAAAAAAAUAAAACUAUACUUUGAAGAUGUGUACAUUUUGGGGUUUAUAAUUAACUUACAGGUGUCUUGUAGAAAACCAACUUUGUUCAAGCAUAAUUUUUAUAUAUACAGUGUAUAUGUAGACAUCUAAAUUGUAUAAUUAUAGUGGAUUGCAAUUCUUAAGUUGGUUUGAUAAGGCUCUAGAUAUUCAUGUCCUGGUUUCAUGUUACUUAAUUAUGUAAUAUCUGCAUAAAUAGUGAGUUCUUUAUACUGUUGGCUGCAUAAAAGUACAGAUACAAUUUUCUUGUGGAUGCAACUGAAGAACAUGGAUUGUGAGGGGAAAAUGCAUGAGACCAUAUUUGUCAAAACUGCCGCCUUUGGUAUUCCAUAACCAAUUAAACCUUCCUCUAAGCGGAAAGGUUCUUUGCACGUGAAACACUGCAUGUUUAAGUUGCAGAUAAAUUUUUGAAUCUCUUGUGAAACAUUUAACUGGCCCAAUAAGAAGCAUCGAAAAUCAAAAAAUACGUAUUCUGUCUUGGUUUAGAAUCUAUUUGCAUAUAAUGUUGAUUUAAAAUGUACAAUUUUAGGAGCAGAGAGAAAACCCUGUAUUGUAUUUUUAAAUUUUAAACUGUGUGCAGUCCAGAGGGUUUGAUAUUCCUUCUAUUCCUAGAUUGAUUGACAUACAGAUGAAAGUCAAGCUGCCAAGAAGUUUAUGAUUAAAUGCAGUGUUUAGCUGAUAGAAAUCUUCCUUUUGUGAAUAAGAAACCAUAGUUUAUCCACUUUAUUAUAAUUUUGAGCUAUGCCUCAAGUUAGCAAUUUGGCCAUGUAUUUGACCAGUGAAUCAGGUGUGUGCAGGUGGAGACUGUUUAAUCAUCCUGGUUUUAACUGGUUUGGAGUGUCUUUGGCAGUCAGAAGUAAAUAGAUCAGAGUGAUACUGAUUGGUUGAGCAUUUUUAUUGUUCCCUGCAAGAUUGUUUUAACAAUUGUUCAUAGUACAACGGUAUCUCUUUUACUUUCAGGGGAAAUAUUUGUGGAGACUCUGAAGCCAUACCAGGAAGCGCUUUGACGCCACGCUACUCAUUAACAUUUUAAAACCAAAAAAUACAAACCAAUCACAAACCUCUGAAGCAAAUCAACUAAACAGAAUUUCCAUUAUGGAAAUUAAUUCUUGCAAGAAGAAUUAGCAUGGAACUCUGAGUUCCGGGGAGGGAGGGGAGUACUGUGCACCUUUUAUUUUCUGAACUGAGAUGCUGCAUCAUGCCCAAAAUUUUGAUAUUUUUAAAAUUUUAAUCAACUUGAGUUUUAAAGCCAACUUACAGUCCCUAACCAUUGUCAUGACUGCUAUAAUGACCAUUCACUUAGAAUUCGAUAUCCCUAAGCUUUGUCAUUUCAUGUCCUUAUCAGUUGUUUUUCCAACUACAAUUCACUAUUUCGCAAAUCUUAUAAUUGAUUUGCUUUAAGUUGGUAAUUCACAGGAUUGGUAAACUGGUAUUCAGUUACUGAAUGAACCACUAUAUGUAGUUGUUUAGCUGAUACUACUCCAUAAUUUGCUGAUUCUGAUCUCUGAUUAAUGAACUGCAGUACAUUGGACCAUAUGUCUAUGGCUACCCUUUCCUGUGAAAAAUUGCUGCUUUCGUUUUGCGCUGCCUCUGUGGAGGUUUACAUUAUCCAGAGCUGAUUUAGAAGCAGACUAAAUAUGGUGCGUUGAUGCACAAAAGGAACAACACUAACACAAAGACAUUAAGGGCCCAAGUUUUCCAGUUGUGCUCAGAAAUGCAUUAGAGAACACCUUAGAUCAAACUUGGAGAUUUUUUAAUGGAAGCACAAGGACCUUGAGCAUCACUGUGGUGAGAAUCCAUAUCAGUUUGAGUUUUAAUUAUUAAUGCUUGUAUAUAUCGAGAUCCUUGUUAUAUCAAUGACAGAUCUGCUUUAAAGCAAUCCUGGUUGUUAUCUCAGCACAGUGGUAGAAUUUGUGCCUUUUUAAAUCAAAAGGAUUCAAUCCCUACUCUGGGGCAUGAGCACGUAACUGCAUUAUCUUUAAAUUGACAGAUUAACAGCUGCUUCUCUUACAUUUCCUCCACCCAAAAAGUAUGCAUCUGGCUAUUGAUAAAUUAAGCCUGUUUAAUUAUAUUCUCCUUUUUGCUAAUGCAGUAGUCAUUUAUGCCAACUUUCUUGGCAUAAUAUUCUGGACACCAAAGGGAAAUUAAUUUUUGUGUACACCUGUCAGUACAAGAGGAAAUGUUGGGCCCUUAAAGUUGAGUCUAGUUACUGUAAUACUUGAAAUUGGUAUGUUAAUUCAAAUUGCUGUAAAAUUAUUUUCAUAAGAAAUGUUAUUUCUGGUAAUGGAUUGUUUUAUAAAGUGUCUUUUAGGAAAAUAGUAUGUUUUAAGCUCAAUUUUGUGAACUGUAGACUCAAAAGAUGUUUGUCAAGUUUAUCAUGUAUAAAUGUUAUGUUUAUUAUAUUUUCUGUAUCCUGCUAUUUUUUUGUGAAGGUGUUCUGUUUUUUGUUUGUGCUAUGGAGAGGCUGUUUCCAGUUGCCUUGUGCAGUUGAACCAAGAUGUACUGUCAGUUGUGUUCACAUUGAUUCUUGAUUUUAAAAAUGUUUGUUGCUUGACUCUAAUGUGAAGUGUUAUUGUUUCUGGUAUGUGUUAUGUACUACUGUUAAACCCACUUCUGUUUUAUCAAACUAAUCAGAAAAAUGUACGAUGUGUUGAGGUUUUCAUUCUGUUGACCUUCUGUGUCUUUUAAAUUUCAGAAUCUUUUGUCAAGAUCCAUCUUUUAAAAAGAGGAUGUGUACACAGUCUGAAGGUUCCCAUUUGAAGCAACUGGCAUCCAGGAAAUGAAUGGAAUAAAGUGAAUAUAUUUUUAAAUACAAUUUGAAAAUCCCAUCAAAAGUAGCUUAUCCCCCUUGCCCUGACCCAGUGAAAUUCGUGAUAGCUGAUUAAAACUAUGUCUAAAUACAUAAACUUAGUGUUUCGUAGGUAUCUUGAUUAUUCCACCUCUGUAGAAACAAAAAUUAGAAUUCUUGUAUAUGACAGCUGAUUAUCCCAUGUUGACAAAUACCAAAUUAAACAUUUUGUCCACAGACUAGUGAACUCCAUUUAAAGACUCCUUUCACUUAGCCAUUCUACAUUAACUCUUAGCUCUCUUUGUCUAUGACAAAAGUAUGCUUUGUGGAGCCUGAAUGUUGGAGUGCCUGCUGCUAGAAAAGAAACUCUGUUGUAUUUGGAAAUAAUUUUGAACGUGCUAAAUAGUUUUGUAAUAGCAGAAAUACUUAAUUGAUCUGCCUUGUACAUCUAAGUUUAGGAAUAACAACUCAAAGCACAGCAUUUAAGCAUAAACCGAAUUAAUUCAUACUGUUAAGUGACUUUUUGCUUUUGAGAUGAUUGAUAAGGAAGAUUUAAUUUUUAAAGCAUUACAAGUAUUUCUACACUUUUAAAACUAUCUAGUCUUCAAAAUUAUAGCCACACAUCAAGGUAGUGGCUGACAGCAUAAAUUUCAUGUUUUGCUCUGCUAGAUAUUUUUACUUUCACACUAAGGGUUACCUGCCCAUAUUACCACUUGAUUGCAAUGCAAUGCCAUACAUUCUAAUGUGCAGCUGUCAAACUGUAUGCUGUAAGCUCAGACACAUUUCUCCAUUCAAAACAUGCCAUAAAGGUGUAUUAAUAGUUUGAAACUUUGGCCAAUUAGUUUGCCUACAAAGUCCACUCAGUUUAUCAACCAAGGUGUCAAAACACAACUGACUUUGGGAAGUAGAUCUUUACACUCUGCAGUUUAAACUUGAGGAAUUCCUGAAUGAAACUAGAUUUUUCUCUGCAGUGGGGGAAAAUUUUACCAAACAGAUUUACUAAUUUCUUAGCUGGUUAAUUCAAGAUUUGGCUGAAUAGGGAAAUCAGGGUUGAAGAGCAAGAAGUACUGGCUGUGAUAAGAGUUGUAGCAGAUGUCAUGAGGUUGUGGGCUGCAACAUUAAACUCCAAGGAUUUGAAGUAAAUAAUCUUUUGACUUCAUUUGUAUCUUGUGUAUAUGUAAAAAUUUUCCUGAGUAAUUGCUUCACACAUGACUAAGAAUGGGAGCCUCCAGAGAAAGUACAUCUAGUCCUUACUUUUAGUAAAGGUAUGAUUCAUGAAAUUGUACAUGCAACAUGUGGAUGGAACACCAUUCAGGAAAAGUUUUCAUACUUGUGCUGUUAACAUAAAUGCAGAAAUGUAAACUUGAAGCAUAUUAACAUUUACAAAAUGCUGAUAAUUUACCCUGUUUUGUUGGUAUGUGUUUUUGCUGAACUGAAAAUUAAAAAAAUAUUAAAACA